GAAUUGGAAAAAGACCGGUAGUUGGUCGUGAAAAAACGCCCCUGAAUGCUUUUGACAUUGACAUUUCACACAAAAGAAAAGGUCGUACAGGUUCUGUUCUACAAUAAUGAUUUUUUGAUAAUAUCCUUUGAGAUUAGUUAGAAGUUUAUAAUUUAGUUAUAGAAAUGGUUACUAUAAUAAAGAACCAAUUAUUAAAACAUCUCUCAAGGUUUACAAAGAAUCUAUCACCCGAGCAGAUAUCCCUAUCCGCGCUCAGAGGUUCCGGAGAGCUGCAAGACCUGACCCUCGACGAGGAUCUGUUGACAGACUUGCUGGAGUUGCCGGGAUGGCUCCGACUGACGUCAGCUUCCUGCAACAAAGCUACCUUCCGGAUACAGUGGACGAAACUGAAGACAGUGCCUAUUGUGUUGAAACUAGAUGAGGUCCGGAUAGCCUUAGAAGUAUGUGCCGAACCCAGAGUAAUGAAUCCCGGCGCUGCGGGUGCUAUGCCCGCCGCCGGCAAAUACAGCUACAUUCAUAAGGUGAUAGACGGAAUCUCGGUGGUUGUGAAUCAAGUGCAAAUAGACUUCGCGUGCGACGCGUUCUCAAGCAACGUGCAGAUAUCCAGGGUGACGGUAGAAUCAAGGACGCCGGAGGGCCGCCGCGGGGACCUAAGACUGACUAGAAUCAAGAACCCGGACACUGGACAACUUUUAAUAUUUAAGGAGCUAGAAUGGCAGAGCGCUCGGAUAGAGGCCAAACCACACGGAGCGGCCGAGAAUUUACCACCACUGAGACUGUUACUGGGCAACACACACUGCAGAAUUGUGAUCAAAAAGAGGCUAGCGGAUUGCGCCGUGAUCGGUUCUCGUCUAGCCAUCCGACCUGAGCCGGUAGCGUGGGCGUUAACUGACGGUCAGCUCCGCGCGAUGCUAGCUUGUGCCGCGGCUUUAGCCGAGCCCGUGAAGCGAGCCACCGCCGCUGCCACCAGAGCCAAGGCUGCCAGAAAGGUAGAAGAGCCGCUAGAGCAGAUCCACAGCCGCUCGUCGUCGAGCGAGCGCGACAUCCUCGCGCGAAUGUUCGCGAAGCACGACGUUCGGGAAACGUCGUACCAUUUGUUGGCGCCCAGGGUAGACCUGCAUCUAUGUGACGAUCCUGGCUUGGGCCGAUCAGAACAUCCGUCCCUCUCUAACGGCGGCGCGCUGCAAGUAACUUUAGUGAGCAUGCAAGCCGACCUGUUCCCUUACCACAGAGCUUCCAACGAUCGAAGACAUUGGCGGGGUUACCGGGAAGCCGCCACGCCUCACACCCAAUGGUUAUCGCAAGCCUUAUCGUCGUUUUGUGGGUCACUAUUGGACCUUUUGGAUCCGAGACCCUUAACGCCUAGUAAUAAGCCCAGUCAAGUGGAGAAGAAGACCGAAGAGCCCGUGUCAAACGGGUUCAGUCACAAACCGGCGCCCACGCAAACUAGUGCUUCCACCGCUCCGUCCGCCAACACUACCUCACAUGCUUCUCCUACUAGAACGAGGAUUCUCCAGCAGCUGGGCAAGUUAAUGACCACGUGCCUCGUACUUAGGAUAGACGAUUUUACUGUUUACAAGGUGUCUACAAAGUCUCGAGAAGCGCCACGGCCCCUGGUGUGCGCAGAGAAGUCGACAAUGCCGGGCGACGCAGGGUUACUACACGCUGAACUGACACACUUCUACUAUCCUGGAGAUGUCAAUUUUCCUGUCCCGGCUCCGAAGCUGUACGUGCAGCUGAGCCCCGUGCGCGUGCACGUGGACGUGCCCAGCGCCGUGUGGCUCGGCGCCUUCCUGCCGCACGUGGCGCGCGCCGCCGGCGCCGCCGCCACCGCCGCGGCGGGACCCACCGCUGCUGGAACCGCUUACUACGAUGUCCGAGCUGAAGCCAUAAUGCCUAGGAUAGUGCUAGAGGCGGGACCGGAACACAUCCCCCAACAACGCGACCGGCCGAAAGAGCUGCACAUAUGCACCGCCAGAGCCAUGCUUACCAACGUACGAGAAUCGCCAAGAACCAACACGGCGGGCACGCGAGCGGACCUGGCGUCCAUCCUGGCGGCGCUGCGGAGGCUGGCGCCGCCGCGCGGCCAGUUCCCGUGCUCCGAGGGUGACCUGGAUCCUAUACAUGAACAGUUCGUGUUGCACGCUGAAAAUCUUGAUGACAUAGAUCGCGGAACAGCUAUUUCUCCCGAGUUACUUUGGCGGGAAAAUAGGAGUAUAUGGUGCGCGCGAGUGGAGCCGCUGUGGGCCGACCUGUGCGGUGCGCGGGCCACCAACUACAAGCCGGCGCCGCUGCUGGACGCCUGCCCGCUCACGGCCUGGCUAUGCUUCAACGAAGACUUCUCCCGUAUCUGGGCAGUGGCUCGCACCACCGGCCUGGCCGGCCUGCAACUAAACCACUACCAAAUGCUCUUCCUACUGCGCCAACUAGAACGGGUCUCGGAAAUGACGGCUUGGCUGGCUCACGAUGCUGCGAGACAACCUGAUGCUAACGCAGGAUCAAUAGUUGUAGGUGUGGUGGUGCCAGCAGUGGAACUGACGCUGGUUCUCCCCUCGACCUGCCCUGGUCAGGAGUCUUCCAGAGACCUGGACAGUGUUCCUUUGGACUCCUCCAGCCUUCAGGACAUGAAAAUGGGAUCUGAAGCGACAAUGGCGCCAUCUACACUAGUCGGCGAUAGCGGUAUCAUCAGCAGUACACAGCCUGUGGAGAUAUGCUCGGCGCAACCCCUUCCUGCCGAGGAGAUGCCACCACCCAGUCCAGGCCUUAGUUUUGGAGGUUUCUCAUCAAUGCGUCGCGGCCUGACGUCGCUAGUGACAUCUAUCGACAGCGCGUGGACGCGCGACGACGCGCGCAGCGACGCCGCCUCCACGGCGUCUUCUGACAGCGAACGCUACGUUGUCGUGGGCUUGGCUUGCGAGUCUCCUCUCGACGCGGAUCAGGCAUUCAGAGAGUUUGAACACGGGCGUAUGUCCACGACCGGUGUAGAGGUGGCGGCAGAAGUUUUGGAACGUUCCUCUUCGCCCAGCGACCAUUCUGUAACCAGCUCCUGUCGCCGGCGAGAUGUGAUAUCAACGUGCACGUGGCGCCUGCACGACAUCCACGUCGUGCACCAGAGCGCCGCCGGCGCCUCGCGCCUGCGCCUCGCCGCCGACGACCUGCGCACCGACGAGUGCGCCGCCAUACCCUGGGACGAGUUCCAGAACCGACUCAAGAACAAAUUCUCGAUGCGAGCGCGGGCCUGGACCGAGCCGGCCGUCGACGAGUGCGACUUGAAGCCCAGAGAUACUCCAAAAGUGGCGGCUAGGAUGACUAGAACCGAACUGCCGAGAGUUCCUGAUGAAAACGGUGUAACAUCAGGGCUGGCGCCAUUCGAGGAACUGCUAGAAGCCCGUGUCCGAGAACUGAGCAUAGCUCUCAACAUGAGCACAGCCCUGGCGCUCGCCGAGUUCAUUGAAGACGAGGUGCUGGUGCCGCCCAUGCCUUUGGAAGUAUUAAUAGAAAACGUGAAACUCCACCUAAUCGAAGACCGUCCAACCCGCUCCAUCUCCUCCCCUCCCCCGCAGCCCCUCGACAUCGCCCUCACCACGCUCCGCCUCACGCGCGACGAGCGCGGCAUUCUCCGACUCGGCCCCCCUGAACACAGCCCGUCCCCGUCGACACCGCACCAACCGGAAUUGGAGGAAGCGAGAGGGAAGAUUGAUAGCUUGAGUAGAGAAAAUGAAGAGUUGAGAAAAAGGCUGAUGACUUUGGCUAGGAUUGCGGAGGAUAACAGAGAUUUGAGAGCUAAAGCGGAAGAGAUGUCGGUGCUACGUCAGUGCGUGCACACGGCGCAGCAGGAAGUCUCCAGUUUGCUGGCCGACAAGCAGGAGUUGCUAGACGCCGUGCGAGUUUUGCAGGAGCAAUUGGGGGUGCGUGGGAAAAGAUAGCGCUCCCGCGGCCGCGCCGGCGACUCCUGCAGCCUCGACUGCACGCACUGCUGCGGCGACACCUAGCCACACACGACGGUACUGCUCACACUAGGUAGAACAUUGCUACCAGAAUACAACGGGUUUAGAUACACGGACUUCUACAUAAGCCGGCCUCUGUGUUCGAGGGAGCCUCGAGAAUAUAAUGUACGAUUCUCACCGACCGACUGGAGUCAGGCCGCGUCGGAACGCAUUUUCAAUGUGCCUAUAAAUUAUGUUUGGCCGACCCUAUGGAAUCCGACCGAAGCCGUCCGCGUCCACGAGGAGCCGACCGGCUUGCGGCUGUACAAAUGUGAUUUGCGCUACGACUCCGCUCGUUCGGUGGGAAUCGUACUUAACUUUAAGACCAUGGAACGGACGAUCGACUUUGAUGCCGACCAUACAUUUAUUUAAUGUUUGGUCAGUGUUUGGUGUCGAACUUCCAAGGAAUAUGAGCAGCACUAAGGCCGCUUGUAUAAGUUUGCAUGGACACCGCACCGGUCACCCGGCAGCCAUGCUCAAGCCAUUCAGUUUGCAUACCGAGAAGAAGCCAGCAUGAAAACUUAUGGGUACAUUCCGCAGUCAGUUACCUACAGUAAGUCAAACGUUAUAACUAACUGUAAUGUAAAACUUCCGCUACACUCAUGAAGUACAUAAUAUAAAGGACAACACACGUUAUUCAAGUCAAAAUAUCUCGGCAUGUAACGCUCUAUAACGAAGAUCUUUGUCGAAAAAACAGUAUCAAAAAUUAAGUAUAAAUAUUUCAAUCAAAAAGGGAUUAAAAUUAAGAUACAUAAAAUGUCCCAAGUGAGAUUAACGCUUAUAAAACGUAUCAUAUUUAGAAAUAUAGAAUAACUAUUCCGUAGUUUAUAAGUGGACGGUGCUAUUCAGAAAGGAUUCAACGAAUUUUCGAAGUUUAAAUGUAACUUUCUGUAUAACAUCAUUCACUUGGCUGAUUUAUGAAUUUUAGAUUGAAAUUUUAUAGAGUAUUGACGUCUUAUCAACGAAAUAUUAAUAUUCCUUUUCCAAGGGUCGAUAUACAUACGAUAUGGGACGUAUAGACGUCAUUGCGGAGCAGAGAUCCAAAAACCAGAACAAUUUGCAAAAAAUUGAGACAAUUGAAACAGGGGAAAAGUAUGCAAUUCUACUUAUAUACGUAAUAUACGUAUAGCAAUGUGACUCCAGUUUAAGGUUCAUGUUAUGUGCAUUGUACAUCUUUGCGUUUUUUAUGCUGCAUUUUGCGGCCCGAAAUCAGUAUUCAUCGUGAGCAAACAAAAAAAAAUCUUAACAGUAAUGACAUUUUUUUUACAAUCUAUAACCGUCAAACGUGUGUGUGGCAUGUUAGAGUUAGACCAAGAAAAGUCUGCAGCG